AUGAGCAUGCGAUUCUGCUGCUUAGCACCCAUUGCUAAGGUUCUUAUUAAUGAUAAUUUUGGUAUCGUUGAAGGAUUAAUGACAACAGUUCAGCAACCCAAAAAACUGUUGAUGAUCCUUCUGGCAAAGAUUGGAGAAAUGGAAGAGGAUCUUGUAUGUAAUAAUAAUACUAUUAAUCUUGUAAUUAUUGCACAAUUAAAUUCUAAUACCUUUGUAGCACAUAUUAUCCCUAGUUAUACGGGAGCUGCCCAAGCAGUUGGUUUGGCUUUUCGGGUUCCUGUUUCGGAUGUUGGCGUGGUCGAUUUGACAGUUCGUUUGAAGAAAGAAGCCACCUAUGAGGAAAUUAAAAUAAUUAUGAAGCGUCCUUCUGAAAACGAAUAUAAAGGAAUUCUUGGAUAUACUGAGGACGAGGUUGUUUCAUCGGAUUUCAUUGACGAUGCUCAUUCCAGUGUUUUUGAUGUUAAAGCUGGAAUUCAAUUGAAUCUUACAUUUAUCAAAAUUAUUGCAUGGUAUGAUAAUGAAUUCAAAGAUAUUUAA